AUGGAGCACGCCCUGACCUGCAAUAACCUCAAAUGCAAAAAGGAACUCGGGGAUCGGGCUCUCGUCACCACCUGCAGUCACAUCUUUUGCCUCGAAUGCGUCCGCCGACUUGGCCUGUCCACGCAAGAGAACCCCAGGGGUGCCGCAUGCCCGGCGUGCAACUCGCAGCUCGCAAAGCCCGACGAUGCUGUCUUUGCCAACCUCAACCCAAGCGAGGACUACAAGACGAGUAUUCUCAGCGGCCUCAGCCCCAACGUCAUCAUGGAGUGCGCCGGCCGCGCUCUCAGCUUCUGGGCCUACCAGACGACACAACAAAUCUCCUACCAACAAUAUCUCUGCAAGACUUUGGCGGAGAAAUACUCAAAUCUGAAACUCCGACUCGACCAGACAGCCAAGGACGCCAAUAUCGAGUUGGAGCGUCUGCGGCAGAAGCUCGAUUCCUCGGCGGCUGAGCACGACGGCAUGCGACGCAAGAACGAAGAGUUGGCGCAGGCGUACAGGGAUAAGAGUCGCAAGCUCCUGCAGACACAGGAGCUCUACGACAAGGCCAAGAGGAAGGCCGAGAUGGGUCAGAUCCAACGAGCCGCAUCCGACGCCGUCGACUCGACUCUCCUUGCCGAGCCGCAGUCGCAGCGCACGGCCGGCGCUUUCGAUGGUUAUCAUCCACAGCAAGAGCCGAGCUACCGACAUGCCUUUGUUCCAUACGGCAACGGCAACAGGCUCGAUGCUUCUGGUGUUCACUCUGGAUUCUUCAAGUCGAAUCUCCGCCAUGUGCCUUCCGAGGAACGGUGGCCUGGACAAGCGACCGGCUGCUUCGUUUCCGUCGAGCCUGAAGAGCGCAAUGUGCCACGAACCCAGCCAUACCUUGGCCUGGGAGGUCAUCCAAGAUACUCGGAGCCGCAGCGGCUUAUCCGGGCUCGGCCUCAGCUCGGGAUUGAAGGUUAG